AAUGUUCCCCCUAAAUGGGACACCAGACUGCAGUGGAUUCCGAACAAGAGAAGUUAUGACUUGUACGAAGUGGUGCAGCUCAACUGUACUGGAGAGUUGUUGCCGUCUGUACCACAGAUUCAGUGCAUUUCCAGAGGGGGACGGACCCAGUGGAAUGACACUGCCACCUGCAAAGAGAGAUGCCAGCAGCCCCAGUGGGACUCACAGCUCCAGUUUAGCCCAAACCAGAAUUUUUACAGGGUCGGUGAGGAGGUGACACUGAGCUGCUUUCUCAACGACACUCCUCCCCUUGCUGUGAUCAGAUGUGCAGACAGGACUUCUCCAAACUGGAACAAUGCUUGGGAGGUGUUGGAAAUUGGGAGACCAUGGCGCAAGUUGCCACAGAACCUGACCUGCACCAUGGCAAAAUGCCUAAAACCUCAAUGGGAUGUAGAACUUCAGUUUUCAGAGAGAAAAACUGAAUACCCACAGAAUACAGAACUGACACUGAUGUGUGCUAAUGGUCUGGAGCCCUCCUUCCCCGAGGUCAAAUGUACAAAAGAAUUUCAGAGAGUGAGCUCUGGAAAACCAGUCUAUGUGGAUGCCUGGUGGGGCAGGAAGAGCAGCGGUGCCUGGACACGCAUUGAUGGGGAUGUCCUGUGUGUGGAAGUGUGUCAAAGACCCCCAUGGGACUCCAGAUUCCGACUGGAACCAGACCAGGAGAACUAUGAGAAGAAUGAGAACGUGAAGUUGAGCUGCCCUGAAGGUUUCCAGCCAACCUACACUGAAAUCAGAUGUCAGAGUGGACUCCAGCGCUAUGAUGAUGAUGUGACACCAUAUUCUGUGUACCAACCAUUUUGGCAUGGAAGAGACUCCAGAGGUUCCUGGGUCCCCAUUCAGUCCAGUGUGGAGUGCAUUGAAGGGUGUCAAAGGCCCCCAUGGGACUCCAGAUUCCGACUGGAACCAGACCAGGAGAACUAUGAGAAGAAUGAGAAAGUGAAGCUGAGCUGCCCUGAAGGUUUCCAGCCAACCUACACUGAAAUCAAAUGUCAGAGUGGACUCCAGCGCUAUGAUGAUGAUGAUGAUGUUACACCAUAUUCUGUGUACCAACCAUUUUGGCAUGGAAGAGACUCCAGAGGUUCCUGGGUCCCCAUUCAGUCCAGUGUGGAGUGCAUUGAAGUCCUCCAGGUUGACCCUCAGAGCUUUGAGAUUUCCAGCACCAGCAUCAAACUGAAGUGGACCUGCGGGUUCCCUGAUGCCUGCCAGGGCAUGAGGGCCAUGUGCCGGCUGGCAGCGCCUUCCUCCCCUCCCUGUCAGGCUGAGGAGGUGAAAGGAGAGCAGAUGUUACACGGCCAGGAGGGAACAGUCACCUGCUCCCCUUUGCAGCCCUUCACUGAGUACAGUGUCACCAUCGACUUGCCCCCCAACACAACCCUUUUCUCAUGGUUGUUCAUGACGGAGCAAACAGUGCCAGACAGACCGGAGAAGCUGUGGCUGGAUCCCGACAGGGGCUCUCUCAGGUGGAACUCGCUGCCUUCCUGCAAGGGGGAGAUCAUCGGAUACCAGCUGAACAUCACGGCCAGGAAUGCAGGGGACAGCAGCGUGCUGGAGACGGAGCGGCUGCGGCUCAAUGGCUCCGUCACUGAGCUGCGGCUGCCGGAGCACAGCCCUGGCAGCAGCUACACCGUGACCAUCCAGGGACUGACGGCUGCUGGAGCCGGGGCUGCCUUGCUGAAGGAGUUCCACAACAGCAGCAGCUCCGUUUCAGGGCAGCCUCUGGGCCCUUGGCCUGAGUCAGCUGUCAUUGUGGUGGUGGUGCUGCUGCUGCUUUUGAUCCUCUUGUCUGCUGGGAUCCUCUGGUUCGUGUUCUGCAGGAAAAAGAAGACCUUGCCCAGCAAAGCUGAGGAGGAUCACUACACAGAGCUCCAGCCUUAUGAGAAUGUACCUGGGGAUAAUUACUGCGUGAUCAAGACUUUUCUUGAGAAAGAUGCAGGAGAACCAAAGCAGUGAGGAAGAAGAGCAGCUGGAGUGGACAUCUGAGGCACAAUGGUGAUGGCACUUCUUGAGGCUUGGUCCUCCACCACCAGAAGCAGUGAAUCAUCUCAUGAGUUAUUGUUUCCCCCCAGAUUUUCUUCUUCAUCAAACUCCAGAAUCCUCUGUCACAGCACAGGAGCAGCUCAAGAACAGAAUGACCUGCUUGUGCCAGCAAGGAUAUGUCCUGGUAGUUCUCCAGUGCUCUGGCAUAGCCAUCUCACCAGCAUCUUGAUGCCUGCAAAUGUCCUCUGAGGAUGGAGCUCACACUCCUCUUUUCACCCUGUGUCCUUGUAUCCAUCUAGACUUUGUCUUCUGCUUGAGUUUGGCCUAGCUGUGCUGCACUGGCCACUGAGCUGCUGUGUCUGAGACAACCAAU